AUGACCACCGAUACGAAAGCGAUCCGCCGUUAUCAUGCGGGUGUUGAGAGAGCGCUGGGCUUGUGGGAUGCCACCAACGAAUGGGCUGACUAUAUUGCCUUUCUAAGUCGAUUGGCAAAGGCUCUGCAAGCAUCUCCACCUGACGCAGAAGUCCCGUUCAAGUCGACUCUGGCCAAGUAUCUGGCACUAUGUCUGAAGCCGUCUCUGCCAUCAGGCGUGCAUCAAAAAGCCCUGGAGGUUUACAACCUAAUCUUCUCUCUACUUGGGAAGGAUGGACUGUCUCGAGACCUGCCCAUUUGGUUUCCUGGAGUGUCACAUACCCUCACAUUCGCCACACUGACAACGAGGCCUCUGUUCCUUUCCCUCUACGAUGACCAUCUCCUGCGGUUGUCCAGCCAUGCACUAAGGCCUGCUUUGAGGUCGAUCAUCUUGUCUCUCCUCCCAGGAAUCGAAGAGGAGAACAGCGAAGAUUUUGACCGCACUCUGAACACGGUCAAUCGCCUACGACAGAUCUUUGCAGAUGACAACAAUGAGGAGUUCUUCUGGCAAAGUCUGUUUCUGGCCUCCAUUACGAGCACGUCUAAGCGUCCAGGCGCAUUAGUCUACCUGAUACGGCAGCUCCCCAAACUUGGUCCGGUGACAGGUCAGCCAUCUGGGGAAGUCACUCGAAAAGGGGAAUCAGGUGAAGCUUUGUCAGAGGCUGUCAAAGCUGUGACAACUCCUGAGCCUGGCUUGCUUGUUAGAUGCUUUGCUACGGGACUUCAGGACGAACAACCCCUGGUUCAGCGGGGUUUUCUCGAUCUCUUAGUAUCCCAUCUGCCUCUCAAUGCUCCAAUACUACAAUCCCUCGUUGUACCAUCGGACCUGGAUAUCCUUGUCAUGUCCGCGAUGUCAGUCGUCCUCAGAAGGGAUAUGAGUCUGAAUCGCCGCUUGUGGACCUGGUUCAUCGGCAAGGAAGACAAGCGAGACGGGUCAACAGAUAUGGUAACUGGCUCACAUGUCGAAGCGCCAACACCCACGGCCCCCAAAACCCAAGAAAAGGUGAACACGAGGCAUGAUUACUUUGCUGCAUAUGGUCUCAAGUCCGUAAUUCGAAGCCUUGAGAAAAUGCUUCACAGGGCAUCAUUGUCUCCUGUUGACAGAGCCCGUCCUUUCCGCAUCAUGCUCUCAUUGAUGGAUCGCUGGAUCAUUGGCAAGCUGCCUGUCGAAGAAUUGUUCGUUCCAGCAAUGCAGGAUCUACAAAAGUAUCAGACCGCGGCUCCUUCACAGUCUUCAUUCGACGAGGUAUUCCGGAGUGCCAAUGUGUUCUUCGACGCAAUUGAACCUCAGUUGAUCACCAAUCAGCUUUUCGGUCUGCUGGUACGAGGGGAUCUGAAUCUCAUUGAAUUUAUCUUCUCAAAUUUCAACUUGCAAGAGGAGGAAAUGACGACUAUUCAUUUACCCAUGCUGUGCCUUGCAAUCUCGGAAAUGCUCCUUGAGAAGAUGCAAUCUGGGCAGCACGAAAUUAGUGACCGAGACGAUUCCUAUCAAGAGCGAUUAGCGAGGCUCAUGGAGGCUCUCCUGAGCUUAUUGCCACCUCAUCCGGGAGGCGUUCCUUCGGAAGCAUUUGGUCAAAUAUCGGAGGAGCGUUGGCUGAUGAAGCUGAAGACACUUUACGAAGAGUCGUCUUACGUGAAAAAGGCAAUUUUUGACCUGAUUCCCCCAACUGCCGCCGCUCAAAUUCUGCUUCGGAACAUCGCACUCAUCAUUCUCGACUGCUUGAAUCACCCUUCCAGCAAGAUAUUGCUCGGACCUCUCACCAACAGUCUCGUCAAAGCCAUAGCCAGAAGUAGCAACUUCCAGCCUCUCCGUGAUCUAGGACUUGAAGAUCGACUAUAUGAUUUACUGAAGCUCUCCACGCCAGACAUUAAUGUCAAAUACGAAACUGUUCGAACGACCGCGAGGAUAGUGGAUAGUUUGCAUGUAUUCGACUCUAGCCGGUCUACUUUGACGGAGCCCUACCUCCUUCGGCUGAUACCAGAGUUGAUAGCGCAGCUGUGGGAAGUUCUUUUGCCCUCUACUCCACAAUUCCAUGUUGAGGCUGUGGAACAGAUUUGGAACCUCCGCACGAUAUCACAACAUCUCCUUCUCGUGGACAGCAAGAUAGCCGAUUUAAUGUGCGGGCAAGACCAGCAGGGGCCGUGUCUCGAAGAUCAACUGGCGCGAUUCUCGACCCUGUGGACGCAUACUCGCUUUCCGGAGGUCAAUGUCGAACUGUUCUCUUCCAAGCAUGGUGGCAACGAGGACGACGUGCCUUGGUCUCCGCUGCGGCAGCCGAUCUUGAGCAUCAUUGACGGGCUCGACAUCUCUUUACCAGAUGACCGGCGGCGAACCUGGUUAAAUAAUCUUCCGUCGAUUCGACCCGUCUUCAAAAUCGUCUAUGCUGAGUCUACGGACACGCCGAACGCUCAACUCUCAUUGCUAGCUUUACAUAGGCUUCGAAAGAUCUUGGCUCUCGCGCGGCAGUCGAACGUGCAGCGUAAUGAGCUCUUCGGACGCGAGGGGUUUUCAGAAGUGGUGUUAGACAUGUGCAUUGAGCACAUUGCAGGCGAACAGAAGGGGGAAGAAAGCCUUACGACAACAUUGUCAAUUGUGCGAUUGAUCAUUGAAGAAACGGACGUUCAACACUAUCAUGAUCUAAUAAGUUUGUUGUUGAAGAAACUGGUCGACAUGCCCCAGGAUAGCCCCUCGCAGGAGGAAAUACUGGACCUGCUGCGAAUAAUAUUCGCAAGACCGAACUUUGGCAGCCCACCCAGUGAACUUAUCCCUAUCUUGAUUUCGGCCAUCUCAUCCCAAGCUAUUGAUUCAACUAUCGACAAAUGGAUUACACUCUUGUGUAACACAAUCCCCUUGUACUCGACUCAAAAUCUGUUCGCAAACAUGCUCAAGCUGACAGCAUGUUUCUGUGAACGGACCAAAGACUACUUUACGCUGAUGCAACAGCUGUACGAAAGGCCGAGGACCACCGUUCAGGCCAACGGAGAUAAAUCCACCAGGAUGGCAAAGCAUCCAGAGAGAUCGGUCAAUAACUUACUCGCCGGGCUUGAGUACAUUUUAGCAAGAGCGCAUACACAUCUAGUGGAUCACGCCUCAGGGGUGGAAGCAAAUCCCAACACUUCAGAAAAAUCCCAGUCGCGGUCGAUUGCGAACCAUCGACUAACCGUGAUUCUCUGCAUGCAAGACACGGUCAAAUUAUGCGGCGAGAUCUGGGCCUGGAGAAUGCUCAAAAGGCCAUCAAUUUCUGCCCCCGAUAACAAAUCCUUUGCGUAUAUCUCCACCCGGCUAAGGACUAGAACUCGAAGGAUUCUGGAGAAUCUCGCAGACGCCGAACCGCAGGAAUGUCUCGAAACACUGAUGGGCAUGUGGAUCGAGGCGACUCGUCGAGAUUUCCAGCAGGACAUCACUCUGAAUUUGAUGCAAAGCCUUGACGGAGCACGACCGAAGUUCAUGAUGCCGGCUACAUUCAAUGCGAUCUAUAACCGGACAAACCCAUCAGCCUUAGACCAGUCUCAGAAAUCCAGCUUGUCAGUGGACGUUAGUGCACCUGAGUUGAUGGCGUUUCUGAUCGCUUACACGAGCGCGCUUGAAGAUGAUCUGCUUGAGGAGAUCUGGACUGAUUGCACUGCUUUCUUGCGGGAAGUUCUUGCCAACCCUAUGCCGCACCGUCAAAUCCUGCUUAAGCUCCUGGAAUUUGUGGCUGUUCUGUGCCAGAAGAUGGAGAACACUAACUUUGGAGAAGUCUUGAAAAUGCGUCGCGAAUUGAGCGAUUUGUGUGCGAGACUCCUCACAGCCAUAUUCACGAUAAGGCCCGCUGGACUUGACUCAACUGCUCAGCCAACGCCGGACGUCCAAACCUCCACCGUCGCGAAAGUCCUCCGGCGAAAGAAUCCGUUACAGGUCAGCAAUGCCAUUGAGGUCUUGUGUGCAGCCCUGCCAAUCAUCGGCAACACGCUUGGAGAUCAAGACAGGCUAAAUGUCACGCUUCCUGGAGUGGCCACCUACGUUACCGGGCCAGCUCUUCGAUCAAAGCAGUUUCCCCAAACGGUGAACAUGGACAUUCUGCAACUUGUGCUUCUCAUGGCCAAAUCCCAACCGAACAACAAGGUUUGGAAGAAAGAUAUCCAGGAUGCCAUCAACGACAAUAAAUUUUUCCAGUCGGCUCCGUGGUUGGCUGAAACAGGAUGGCUUCCAGUAUUGAAACAGCUGUGGCUUUCUGAUAAAGGCUUGAUGGGCGAGUUCGUGUCCCGACUGACAGCUCCAACGACGGCUGGGCUGAUGUUUGGUGUUGGCGCUGCUGCCGCGCGAACGGAGGCAGACAGGAAGACGCAGCUUAACCUGCGGCGGAUUGCUCUGCUUCUGUUGGCUGGCGACAUGGACGCUUUCGUGUCAGACCUUGGCCAGAUCGUGAACAGACUCGAGGAACUCCUCACGGCAACCCCGUCGUCGUCUCCAUCUUCUGGCACUCGCGGAGAUGUCUACCUUGUUCUUCGGGCGGUGACAUUGGCUUUUACCCAGGUGCAUCUAAUCUCCAUCUGGCCAAUAGUGGAUGUGGAGCUUCGAGAGCUAUUCACGAGCAUGCAGAAUGGCGGCGAGUCUGUAUUUACGGGCUAUUCACAACUGCAGGGAGCCAAGCUGCUGGACCUACUCCUUCUCCUGAAGCCAGAAGAGUUCCAACUGCACGAGUGGUUGUUCGUGACCGACACGGUUGAUGCAGUGUAUCCUCCACACGACUUCAAGUCAACUGCCAUUGCCGACCUGAUGGUGAGCAAGGGAAGCCACGAGACUGAGCUUCCCACGGUGCCAGAUACUGGAGCGCGGACGCCAUGGCUCUGCACGGACGUGACGCGGACAUGCGAAGACCCCAUUACUCUUCUGCGGCCGUUCUUCCGGCAAUUGAGUAUCCAUGCUUUUGAAGACACUUACAGUCUCCAACCGCCCGAUCUUGCGGCAUGUAGGAAGGAUCUGCUGGCGGAUUUGUUUGUGGACUGA